AUGUCAACAACAACAGCAACAACGGACACGAUAUCAGCAUCAUCCUGUGAUACUAGUCUGUAUGGAAUUGUGGGUCUACAAAGCGGAAAAGUACUCGAUGUUUUUAACGGGUCACUAACUGAUCAAACAGUCAUAGUCAUCUAUACAAAGAACGGUUCGGAUAGUCAAAAAUGGCAACUAGUAUCGAACGAUGAUGGUUAUUUUAAUAUUAUCCAUCAGUUAAGUGGCAAAGCCUUAACGGUUAAUGGUACCUCGAUGCUCUCUUCAGAUCAUGUACGUCUUGUAAUAAAUAAUUUGUCAUCAAACAAUGAUUUACAAAAAUGGCAGCUGGCAUCUGUACCAAGUAUCAGUGGUUAUUUUACAAUAGUUAACAAACAUAGUGCUCUAAUGGCGAAUGUUGCUGGUGCCAGUGUAGCGGACGGAGCACAAUUGAUAAUGUAUCAAAAUGGUACUAGCUCUAACCAAGUAUGGCAAUUUAGUCGUUUCUCGAACUGUUCAACUUGUCUGACAUUUGAUAAUAUCGGAAAUGGUUCUAGCAUUUCUUCUGUUCCUAACUGGUACGGUUCAUUAUUUUGGUCUAAUGUUUAUUACGUUAACGCAUCACUUUACAAUCAAAGUGGUUAUCAGUCUGCUCGCACUAGCGGUUGUUGCGUCGCAUUCAAUGGUGUUAAUUCAUCGAUGACUGUUGCAGCUAUUAGUAAUAAUACGUUUGAUGUCAUUUCAUUUGUCACUGCUGCCGUCUUUUAUGAUAAUUUACUGCUAAAUCUACUUGGUUUUCGAUCAAAUGUAGUGAAGUACAACACAACUGUAACAUUGCAGGUUGAAACAGCAGCUAUUAUAGCAUUAAAUUGGAUGGAAAUUGACAAAAUGACAUUUAGUCCUUAUGGAGGAACACUUCAUUUUCCCACCAAUGCUUCAUCAACAUUCGCUAUUGACAAUUUAUGUGUAACAGCUUGA